AACAGUUCGGUUGCUAGGGAUUCUAGGCGUCUUCCUAGUCUGGUUGCUAGCUAAUGUGCUAGCUUGCUGUCUGUCUUGUUUUGAUGCAUAACCUUGCACUUAGUCAACAUUUAAAUAAAUAUACAUCUAUUUAAAGGUUUAAUAUUAAUUCAUAUUUCGAAGUUGACUGCGAUGUGAAAAAGCCAGUGUUUACAACUUCACAUGAGUUCCGGGAAGAUAAAGGAGAUGGGGGACAUAUUGGCCAAUGAAGCUGAUCUUCUCGGGAUGAUCAAGGAGUAUUUGAAGUAUGGUGAAUUUGAAGAGACAGUUCAUCACUUUGAAAAGGAGUGUAAAAACAAGGGGAAAGUUGUUCCAAAACCCAGAGGCAACAGUCUUCGGGACUCGAAAACGCUGAUUAUCCAGAAGGACCUGUUGACCUCAUUUGAUGACGGCGACUUCAAGGUGUUCUUCGAGCUGUGGACAGAGUUUGUCCCUUUGGAGGUCAGGGACUGUGAUCCUCACGCCCAGAAACUGGAGUUUUACCUUCGUGUCCACUUCACCAUCUUCCCCUUGAAAAUCCACUUGGGCAGACAUGACCGAGCAGACUUUGAGGUGAGGAUCACCCACUUCAAGCACUACCUGGAGACGCGAGGGGCAGCACUCAGUCAGACCACUGAGUUCCUACCCUACUACGCCCUCCCCUUCGUGCCCAACCCUGUGGUGCACCCCUCCUUCAGAGAUCUCUUCCAGGAGUCCUGGAUUCCAGAGAUGAAGCAAGAGCUGGAGAAGUUCCUGACUGUGACACUGAAAGUGUCCGACACUCCAAGGCUUCUGUCGUUAUAUAAGGAUGACGGAAGGAACACCAAAGACACCAUACAGCAGCUGCAGCUGCAGCUGGCCGAAGCAGAGAAGAGGACCAGCAGCUACAUGAGGAGGUUCAAUAAGAUGCAGGCCGAUCACCACAACCUGAUAGGAGUCACUGCCGAGCUGGUGGACUCUCUGGAGGCUACAGUCAGUGGGAAAAUGAUCUCCCCAGAAUACCUCCAGAGUGUGUGUGUGCGUCUCUUCAGUAGCCAGCUGAGGCAGAGUGCGGCGCAGAGCAUCGACUUCACCAGGCCUGGCACUGGAUAUUACUCUAUGAGUCCUUAUGAUGACGGAUAUGCUUCCUCAUUGCUACGAGCGUCUAUUGUACCUCAGAGGCCUAAGGAGGUGCCGCUGCUGCCCUCUCUGGACUAUGACAAGCUGAAGAGAGACUUGCUGGGGGGAUCAGACAGACUCAAGGCCCUGCUGCUCCAGGCCCUGUGCUGGAGACUGACCCGUUCUCUCCAAGGUGAGCAGAGGGACACUGUACUGCAGGCCUACGCCAGCAACGACCUCCUGGAUUGCCACAGCACCAGACAGAAAUCUGUGCUCCUCUUGAUGAGGUCGAAGAACGAGAUGGUCAGGCAGUACAUGGCUCGUCUCAUCAAUGCUUUCGCUUCCCUCGCAGAGGGUCGUGUGUACCUGUCCCAGGUCCCGUCUUUGUUGAGGCUGCUCAUUGAGUCUCUAAGGACAGAGGAGAAGGACUCUGUGAGCAGAGAGAAUGUCCUGGGAGCCCUGCAGAAACUCAGCCUCAGGAGGAGCCAGCAGUCAGCCAUGAUAGAGGACGGUCUCAUUGACUGGCUGGUAGAUGAGCUGCAGGACUCUGACUGUCUGUCUGACUACACUCUGGAGUACGCUGUGGCCCUGCUCAUGAACCUAUGUCUACGCACCAGAGGUAAGAGGAAGUGUGCUGAGAACCCUAAAUACGUGCUGAAGGUUCUGACUGACCUUCUGGGACACGAGAACCACGAGAUUCGGCCGUACGUGAACGGAACCCUUUAUAGCAUCCUGUGUAUUCAUGCAGUGCGAGAGGAAGCCAAGGAGAUGAGUAUGGAGGAGAUUCUUCACUGCUACAGUAAAGAGGAGAACCCGGAGCUCAACAGGCAGAUUGAGUUUAUUAUCAAACAGCUCAACUCAGGGGAGGUGACUGAAGAGGGACCAGAGUCUGAUGACGAAGAGGAGGAUGACGAUGAUGAGGAAGACGCGAUAGAGACGGACCUUGAUAAAGAGGAAGUGCUUCAGCUGCAGCCCAGAGAGUUGUCCGGAGAGACACUACUGACCACAGAGUACCUGGGGAUCAUGACCAACAUGGCGACGAGGGUGAAGAGGAGAUCGGCAGCUCCUCUUGGACGGAGUGUCGAUGAACCCCUGCAGCGACCCGUGACCCCCAUCUCCCACCGAAACACACACAUCAUGGACUUCCGAGGAGGCAGCGAGGGCGACAGGGGUGAGGUAGGGUACCCCUUGAGCAGACAGAGGAGCGAGGACAGUCUGCCCCCGUCCCGCUACAGCUCCCGCCCCCCCACCCGCUCCGGCAGCCGGCCCAGCACCAGCGAAUCCCUGCACCACUCCAUGGACUCAGAGUGUGGCCGUUCGUCCCAGGAGUCUGGUGGGUCAUAUGAAGGACGAAGAGCCCAGGAGGGGGAGGAGCGCAACGGACACUCUGCCAGCAUUGAUAAUGUUCCCGGGUUUACAAGCCGGCCCAAGAUUCCCCGCACGCCGGAGAGUGAUGCACCAGGCGUGGAUCCUCGGAGGGGGCGCGUUGUCCCUCCACUGGCCCCCCAGUUCUCCCAGUCUGAGCCCCAGCAAAGCAGCAGCCGACCUGGAUCAGGGGCCUCCGUCACAGUGGGAGGGCCAGGGGGCGGCAGACAGAGCAGCCAGUCGUACACAGGAAGUGAAAAGGACCUUUCACCACGGGGCCGCCAUAUCUCCUGAGGAGCCUCCAGCUUCCUGUAACUCCAUCCGCAGGUUGUGAUAAGGGUCAGGGCAUUAGAGAGGCUAGAGGUCGGUGGAGAGGUGGAGGGAGAGAGAGAGAGGUAAAGGAAGGAGGGAGAGGUGGAGGAAGGGGAUAGAGAAGGAGGAGGGGUGGAGGAAGGGGGUAGAGAAGGAGGAGGGGUGGAGGGAGAGCGAUGGCAUAGGAAACAAUGUGUAGGAUUGUAGCUCGGGGAGGGGCCCCUUUCAAACCUCGGUAUAGAACACUUUGGUAACACAACACUGCUCUCAAAAUAAGCAAAACAACAAAUAAGCUUGCAAGCCGCUUGAUACACCCUUCCUACCUAACCAGCUGGCCAAGGCUUGCUUCUCUUUACCUAUCUCCCUCUUUUAACUCUCUCUCCUGGAGAAUAAACACCAAAGUACUCGCUCUCCCAUGUCAUCUUAAACACAUUGGACGUUACAUAACCAGCUACUGGACAAAAUGAAUUCAUUCCAAAUCUAUGGUACGGUGAACAUUACCAGCUAUAAUGUAGUAGCACUAUUUGCUAACAAAAGGCUGUGUCUCAUCAAAGAUGGUUGAAAGGGUUAAUCGAGGGUUGAUCCUUCCACCAUGUUGCUUUUCCGCUUGACUGUUAGGAAUUUUAAAUGAGUGACCCAUUGAGGAAGGAGGAAAUUAGAGUAUUUAUGACUAACACUAUGGUUAAUGGAGUAGGGCUCCUUUACAGACAUCUAUUUAUGACUAACACUGUGGUGAUUACAUUGUAAAAAUAAUAAUAAUAAUAAUAAUAAUAAAAUGUAAUCAGUGUCUUAUAAAGUCCCUCCGUUUCCGGUGCCGAGGUGGUCGUAGUACAGGGUAUAUGGGUAUAUAACAUGCUCAGGUGAAAUAAAGCUGGACUUUUGCCACCUUUUCAGUUUAAAAGGUUUUGAUUUGAGCUUUGUUUUGACUCGGCCUUCCUAAUCCAUUUGGAAUGUUUUCAGUGGCUCAAUGACUGAUUCUGCCUUCCUGCUUUCCAUCUGAACAUUAACGCUCUCCAGUUAACGCUCUCCAGUUAACGCUCUCCAGUUAACGCUCUCCAGUUAACGCUCUCCAGUUAACGCUCUCCAGUUAACGCUCUCCAGUUAACGCUCUCCAGUUAACGCUUCUCCAGUUAACGCUUCUCCAGUUAACGCUCUCCUUUUAAGCCUAUACUUAAAUACUUAACUAAUACUUUCGUAGGAACUACAUAAAACAGCAGUAGACAGUAUUUUACAACCAACCAAUACUCGUCACAUUAUGGACAAAUCUCUCUUUUGUCCAGGAACUAAUUUUUCCUUCGUUCUAUACGGAUGCUCAUAAAGAAACCAGGAUUGAUUGAUUUUUUUUGUCUGUGUGUUUAUCGAAAUCAAGUUGUUACGCUGGUCUGGAUCGUCUCUUGACUUGUAAAUAGUUUGUUGGUUGCUCAGCUCUUUGAAGGGAAAUGUCAACUAAGUGAAUAUCAGCUUUACUUUGAUUUGUUAUCGUAAUUCACUUUGAAUAGCUGCUUUCAUUGAACUUUUCAUUGCGUUAAAUUAUAGUGUUUACAAGAAAGACACAAAGAUGAAGUACUUCUGUCAGGCUAGUGUACAUUAGACUGUAGAUAAUCAUCUGUCAGACUAGUGUACAUUAGACUGUAGAUAAUCAUCUGUCAGACUAGUGUACAUUAGACUGUAGAUAAUCAUCUGUCAGACUAGUGUACAUUAGACUGUAGAUAAUCAUCUGUCAGACUAGUGUACAUUAGACUGUAGAUAAUCAUCUGUCAGACUAGUGUACAUUAGACUGUAGAUAAUCAUCUGUCAGACUAGUGUACAUUAGACUGUAGAUAAUCAUCUGUCAGACUAGUGUACAUUAGACUGUAGAUAAUCAUCUGUCAGGCUAGUGUACAUUAGACUGUAGAUAAUCAUCUGUCAGACUAGUGUACAUUAGACUGUAGAUAAUCAUCUGUCAGACUAGUGUACAUUAGACUGUAGAUAAUCAUCUGUCAGACUAGUGUACAUUAGACUGUAGAUAAUCAUCUGUCAGACUAGUGUACAUUAGACUGUAGAUAAUCAUCUGUCAGACUAGUGUACAUUAGACUGUAGAUAAUCAUCUGUCAGACUAGUGUACAUUA